UCGCUGUUGCUGGGCGCUCCGGGGCCUUCCGCCACGCUCGAAAGCUUAGUUCUCCCGGGUUUAAUUUCCCCUUUUUUUCUCAGACACUUCCGGGUCCUGCGUCGCUCCGGAAGCCCGCGAGUUCCGGAAAAAGCCUGGGUAAUCCAGGUUCUGGGAGAAACCAAGCUUCCCAGAGAAUGUCUCAGAGAAAGUUACGUGGAACGGGGGCGUUUUCGCAGACUCCUAAGACCUCUCCCUCCUUAAUGCCUGUCAGUAAGAGACCUUCAAAGAAGACAUGGCCUCCAAGGAAGAGAACACGAAAAGGACAAACAGAGUGCUAAGAAUAAGUCAGCUGGAUGCACUUGAACUGAACAAGGCCCUGGAGCAGCUAGUUUGGUCCCAGUUUUCUCAGUGCUUUCAUGGAUUUAAGCCAGGGCUAUUAGCCCACUUUGAACCAGAGGUGAAAGCGUUCUUGUGGCUUUUCUUGUGGCGAUUCACUGUCUACUCUAAAAAUGCCACCGUGGGACAAUCCGUUUUGAAUAUUCAGUACAAAAAUGAUUUUUCCCCAAAGCUGAGGUACCAGCCGCCGAGUAAGAAUCAGAAACUAUGGUAUGCUGUGUGUACGAUUGGCGGCACGUGGCUGGAAGAGCGCUGCUACGACCUGUUUCGAAACCGUCAUUUGGCAUCAUUUGGGAAAGCCAGGCAGUGUGUGAAUAUCAUAGUUGGACUUUUGAAAUUAAGUGGGCUGAUUAAUUUCCUGAUUUUCCUUCAGAGGGGCAAGUUUGCAACUUUGACAGAACGUCUCCUGGGCAUUCGUUCUGUAUUUUGCAAGCCCCCAAACAUACGUGAAGUUGGCUUUGAGUAUAUGAAUAGGGAACUUCUCUGGCAUGGUUUUGCUGAGUUCCUGAUAUUUCUCUUACCACUUAUUAAUAUCCAGAAGUUGAAAGCUAAGUUGUCUUCAUGGUGUAUUCCUCUUACUGGUGCUCCUAAUAGUGACAAUACAUUAGCCACCAACGGCAAACAGUGUUCUCUGUGUGGAGAGUGGCCCACCAUGCCUCACACCAUAGGAUGUGAGCAUAUCUUCUGUUACUACUGCGUGAAGAGUAGUUUCUUAUUUGACAUGUACUUUACUUGUCCUAAGUGUGGCGCAGAGGUACACAGUGUGCAGCCACUGAAAUCAGGAAUCGAGAUGUCAGAAGUCAAUGCUCUUUAAAAACUAAGAUUGUUUCCUUUGAGGAAAACUGUAUUAUGUUCAAAUCCUUAAUAUUAGUCAUCCUAAGCAUAGUGUUUAGGUGUCUUUUAGGAGGGGAUGUGCUUCUCCAGCCACCGUCUGUCUUCUGUUCCUUUCCAAGCAUGAUGAAAUUCUAAUCACUAGAAACCACAUGAUUCUGAACAUACUAGGUAAACAAUAAUGUGUUACUUUAAAUCAUUGCAUUCAGUUUUUAAUGUCGAGAAUAAUGGACAGUUUUUGUCAGACUACUAAAAAUGCUCUUUCAUUUUGCUACUUCCUAGAAAGAGGUUAGAUUCUAAAAUGAUUUCAGAGACUGGGAUAAGUGUGUAUUUAUUUUAAGAGAUGGCGUUAUAACAUCAUAAUCUGACAAUGAUAAGACCCUAUUGUUUUGAGCCUUAAGAUCUAGUGCCCCAGUUGUAAUUUUAAGCUUUUCUCUAAAAUCUGUUUUUGAGGGAUUCAGUUGGCUUCAUUCUCAGGCAAAAUGAUGGCCACCAGGAGCUCUAGACUGAUGUUCUGCCAGCUUUCUGAUCCCCUGGGAAUGAGAGCUGCUUGUGUAAUAGCUCCGGCUAAGUCCAGGACCUCAUUGUCUUUGGUCUGCCUGGGAUUACACACUUGUGAACCAGGACAGAAAAGUACUACUCUUGAUUACUAGAUGUGUACCUUGUGGACCCGUAGUAGGAGAGCAGGCAGUUCGCCACAGGAAACUCAGGUGCCAUUAUAAGAAUAGUGGAUGGUGGGCAGCUAAGAACAACAGAUCCCUGCUAGAGUCCACAUUUAACUUAUUAAUAUCAAAAGUCUUUAUGCAUUCUUUAAUUUUACCAUUGAUCUGAGUUGAUGACAUAAGUAACUGAAUGGUUGACUUAGAUUGCAGACUUAAAAGGAUUAAAUAAAUGUUUUGUUAUACCAACAACUUUGUUGUAGUGUUAUUUUGAUAAAGUGCAUUCUGAGUAAAUACCCAUAUUAUUACCAUUUUAACAUGAAAAUAGUACUUUACCUAUAUGCUAACUAAUAGAGUUGUCAAUAUUACAGGGGUUUUAUGUUUUUCCAGACACUAAUGGCACUUAGUACAAUAAAUUUUUUUAAUUGUUUAUUUUUAUUUAGCAUCUACCCCCUCACUAAGUGACUACCCACAGGAGGUCAGGGAGUAUGAGUGUUCUCCUCGUCACUGGAUAACCAGAACCUAACUCUCUUAGUGCCAGUGUAGCAAUAGAGACAUUUUGUUAGCUGAACAACUAAACCUAAUAUCCGAGAUUGGGUUCUGCAAAAGUACAUGUUGCGAGGGACUUGAGGUACUUGGGCCUGGAUUGGGUCAAAGUGGUCAGACCUUUUUACCUACACCUCUCAGUCACUGGCCAUGUGCUCUGGGAAGGGUGUGACCUGGAGUGUGCCGGUUCUCUGCAGCUGCGGCAGACCCUAAAGGACCUGACUACCGCAGGCAGCCUGCUGACCCCACUCCCCCAGCUGGGCAACACAUCCAUCCCUGAGGAGCUGGGUGACCAGCCUAGUGUUAACCACAUCUAAUACUGUCUCUCCAUUAUUUUUCUUUAUGGUUUUCCAUUUCUGUUGUUCUUGCUUGUAAGCAUACAGAUAACACAUUAGUGGCAGGAAGUGUUCAACUUAAAAUCAUUCGGUUUAUGACUGACUUGUGUACUCAAGUGCUGCCUCAGGGAACUCCAACUCACUGCAGAGACCUAGGCCUGCUGGCUAAGUUGCUCUGACACCUGGUCCCUGCCUCCCGGUGCACUGCCAGGAGACUUGCUCUAACAGUGGCGCUUCUGUUCCUACUCCCCAGUGGUCUCAGGGCUCAAGGUUCAGUAUAACUGGGUCAUGUUUAGCUACAUGAUACAUUUCUGCUUUAGCCUCAAGAACCUAACCAUCACCUAUGAGUAUC